CGGGCGGUGGGCGGUGCCCCAGCUGUGUCGAUAGGCGCGGGGCGGAGAUGGCGGCCGACUGCACCGAGCUGCGGGACGGGGCCUCGCUGCCGCCCCUGCCGGCGCCGCCAUGGAGCUCGGCGCCCGCUUCGGGAGCUACGGGAGGUUCAUGCAGGUGAAAUUUGGUUGUGUCUGGACCCAAAAAUACAGUAAGAAAAGAAAGCAGCAGCCUGAUUUGUGUCCAGCUUAUUUUGUUUUGCAACAUAAUGAGGACAUACACCAACUUGUGAUCAGUGAACUGAACAGCAGUCAUGUACACGUAGACCCAGGGUCUUCUGUGACCAGAACCACAGCUAAAACUGCAAGCACCACGGCACACAAUAGCCCUGCAAUAAAACUGCGUAAGCAAGAGGCAGGUGAGGCAGAAAGCUGUGAUGUGGUGAAUAAGGACUCGCGUGUGGUAGCUGAAAAACUUCUGGGCAGGGCACCUGCUCUGUCCAACAGGAUUCCUGUGCUCCCUGGGGCAGCAGAGGAAAGUGACUCAACUUCAGCACUAGUCCGAGUUGCUGAAGUCGUGAAAAACUUCUUGAGAAUGGACAGGGGUUCACUGGCCUCAAUUAGCGUAGGCAGCAAUGACCUAGAUAGACUAAACUUUCAGACUAGCAAGAUGAAGAGCUCAUUUAUCAAGUUUCCUGAGAGCCUUCUGCUGCAUAGGGCGCAGAGUGAGAGGGGACAUGUUCUCUAUGCUCUCUUAGUAGAGAGUAAAGAGCGAGUGGGGAAAAUAGUGCACUUGUCAGUCCUGAAGGGUGACACAGACAAUGUCAGCAAAAUGCUGACAGUCUUUAAGGAGUUCAGUCCUGAGUGGCAAAACAUUAAGAUUGUUUUUGUGGAUUUGUCCUUCCUUCACAAAGCUGUCCUCCAAGAGCUCUUUCCCUCUGCCCAAGUGCUACUUUCUGUUUACCACAGUGUCCAGCUUCUUGAGAAGAAUGUAGAAGCAGCAGAAGUGUCAUCUUCCUUCAAGCAAAACUUGAAGCUGGCCUUGAAGGUAAUAUUUUCCACUUCAACAGCAAAUCUAGAUACCUUGUCUCAGCUGGUGAAGUGCUUGGUUAGCCAGGAGCUGUAUGACUACCUUCAAGCCAACUGGUUCUCCUGUGAGAUGCUGUGGUAUGUUCAUGCAAAGAAAGGACUGCAGUCCUGCAGCACAUACAUGGAUGGCCUAGAUCUCAUCACUCAUAAAAUAUCUAACAUCUUCAGCCAACAGCUGUCCUUGGAGACGAGCAUUCUUGUUUUUUUUUUGGAGUAUGCAGACUGCUUUGAUGCCAAAGAUCUGGAAAGCUUGAACCAGAGUUCCUCAGGCAUGGAGGAGGACAGUCAGAGCAGCCUCCAAGAGAAAUCCAAAGUGCAUGCUUGUGCUGCAGCCAAACAAGCUCCUCUUGGUAGUUCAGACUCUUCUCAAUAUCCUGAGCCUCCCGAGCAGGUUGCUGUAGAGAAACCUGCAGAGACAACAUGCUCUGUGCUGGCUGCUCUCUGGGAGAAUUGUACGGACUUGGGCUACCAGCUGUGUAUGAACGAAUGGGAGGUAGUGCAGAAGUCAGCCCAGCUCGUCAGUGCUGUGCAGGGUGAGACUGUAGUUCAGGUGCUAGAAGACACCCACCAGGUGGGCAGAGACUACAAGAGCUGCGGUUGUUACUUUCAUUGCAGGUAUCGGCUCCCCUGCUGGCAUAUUCUGUCUGUGCUGCACGCAAACAAGCAAAGUGUAGAAGAGAGUAUAGUAUGUAAGUGGUGGCAGAAGAAGUACCAGCCCUCUGUUAUUGGAGAGACCCUCUCAGACCACACUGGACAUCCCACAGGUAUCCAGCCAGAAGCAGAGGGAAGAUAUGACAAAAUCCAGUCCCUCGGCAGGGAGCUUGCUAACCUCCUGAUGCAGCGUGAUGGGGAAGAGCUGGAGGAGCGAAGCUCCACACUCAGAACGGUUGCGGAUAUCUGGGCUAAGUCACCUGAACCGGCAGCAGAGGCUGGGGAGGAUGUGACCUUUAGGAAUGCGGGGGAUCUGCCAUUUCUCGGGGUAAGGCAGGAGGAAGUGGAAGUGGAGGUUGCAGAUGCAGGUUCUGAAGGAUUGCUGAUAAAUGUAGACAGGCUUCUGACGUGAAACGCCAAAUCCAAGAUGCUAACGGCCGCUGAUGGAUCAUCCUUCCCCCAGCUUCCUUGACCUCGGUCGCUGCGGACUGACAGGAGAGCAGCGGUUAGGUGCUUUAGAACAGCUGCCCGGAACAGGGAGCCUGAGACCGGCUGCUCUCCUGCAGCGACUGCAUUGGGGGGUCUCUGACUGCAACACGCUGUUUGCGCAGG